ACGCUCUGUCAAAAGUCGUCAACCAACCCAAAUCUUGAUUUCUUAAUUUGGAAAUAAACUAAAUUCGACAAAACCCAAAACCUAAAAUUGAAUUUUGAUCUUCCACACAGAGAAGAAAAAAGAAAACGAAGAAGGUGGUCCUGAUCUGAAUUCAUCAUUCAAUCAUGGCGAUAAGAGCGACGGUAUCUAGAUUUCCAAUAGAUGCUGAUGCUCAAGAAGCAAGUGGAUUACAAUGGGGUGUCACAGUAUCACCAUUUUCACUUACAGAUGAAAAUGGUAUUGCUCCUGUUUAUGGUAACGAAGGUCAUCUUCUACCAAGGUGUGAGAAUUGUUGGGCUUAUUUCAGUACUUAUUGUGAAUUAGAACAAUGGGCAUGGAAUUGUUCUCUUUGUGGUACUUUGAAUGGUCUUACUUCUCAAGCCAUUGCUCGUUACUCGCAUCCUCAAUCCUGUGCUGAAAUGAUGUCUUCUUUUGUAGAUCUCGAAAUUCCAGUUGAUGGAUCUGAAGAAGAAGCUAUGCAAGCUCGUCCAGUUUAUGUUGCAGCUGUGGAUUUGUCUUCAUCUGAGGAGUUCUUGGAACUUACAAAAAGUGCUCUAUUAGCAGCUUUGGAAGCUCUUGCACCAGGUUCUCUGUUUGGGCUUGCUACGUUCAGCCAUAAACUGGGAUUAUAUGAUGUUCAAGGGCCUAUUCCAGUUGUUAAGAACAUUUUUAUCCCUCCAGAGGUGGUGGACGGGGAGCCAGUCACACCACCAAUUGAGCUAGAAGAUGUCAUGCCCCUGCUAUCUUUUCUCGCUCCUGUAGAAACUUGCAAGGACCGCAUUGCUGCGGCUCUGGAAACAUUAAAACCAACUACUUCCUGGGAAAGGAGCACAGCCGCGGGGCAAGGUGUGGAAGGUGUUUUUCUAGGAGGCCGAGGUUUUGGAGUAGCAAUGGAAACACUUCUAAACUACCUUGGAUCAGAAUAUGGAAAUACAUUUGCAUUAGCUAGGAUUUUUGCGUUCCUGUCUGGUCCUCCCGACUUUGGAGCUGGGCAAUUAGAUACAAGACGGUACGGUGAGCAGUACGCUAGCAAAGGAGAGGAUGCGGACCGUGCUUUACUUCCUGAGCAAACACCUUUCUACAAAGAGCUGGCUGCUGUUGCUGUUCAAUCAGGUGUUUGUGUCGAUAUUUUUGCUGUUACAAAUGAAUAUACAGACUUGGCAUCUCUUAAAUUUCUUAGUAUUGAAAGUGGCGGAUCUCUGUUUUUGUAUUCCAAUACGGAUGAUUCAACUCUUCCUCAGGACAUGUACCGGAUGUUGAGUCGUCCAUAUGCAUUUGGUUGUGUGCUUCGAUUGAGGACAUCUACCGAAUAUAAAUCCGGUCAUUCUUAUGGUCAUUUCUUCCCAGAUCCUCAGUACGAAAAUGUUCAACACAUUAUCUGUUGUGAUUCGUAUGCAACUUAUGCUUAUGAUUUUGAGUUCGCAAAUAAUGUGGGCUUUUCAAGACAUUCAGAGCCUCCUGUUGUGCAGAUUGCAUUCCAAUAUUCUGUUGUUGUGCCACCAGCAGAAACGUCAAAUUCGAAAUUGAUCUCUUCAAGUAGGCCCAGCUAUUCCGUCCAAAGAAGAUUGAGGAUACGAACUUUACAAUUUGGGACUGCUAAAAAUUUUAAUGAGUUGUAUGACAGUGUAGAUUCUGAAGUCAUUCUCUCUAUACUUGUUCACAAGGUUAUAUUAGCUUCUUUGGAGCAAGGAGUUCGUGAAGGCAGGGGACUACUCCAUGAUUGGCUUGUAAUCCUUACAGCUCAAUAUAAUGAUGCUUGCAAACUAUUUCCCUCCCAAAAUGGAACUUCAACAGUUUCUCAAGUUGAUGUAGCCUUCUCUCAAUGUCCACAGUUACAGUCUUUACCUCGCCUUGUAUUUGCUUUACUCAGAAACCCUCUUUUACGCUUCCAUGAAGAAGGCGUUCACCCAGAUUACCGUAUAUACCUACAAUGUCUUUUCAGUGCACUGGACCCAAGUUCGCUCAACCGUGCCAUCUAUCCUGUAUUGACAUCGUUUGCCACUCCAGACAAGCUAGCAUAUCCACGCCACUCAUUGAGUCGUGCUGCACUGUUAACCAGUGGAAGUCCAAUAUUUUUCCUUGAUUCUUUCACAACCUUGAUCGUCUAUUACUCUUCAACUGCAGACCCUUCGCUUCCCUUUCCUCCUCCCCAUGAUUGUUUACUGCGAACCACAAUUAACAAAUUGAAACAGGAGAGAAGUAUCACGCCAAAGCUCAUGUUUAUAAAGGGAGGGCAAGAUGACGCUACUGCGUUUGAGAAUCAUCUAAUUGAAGAACAGGAUGUUGAUGGAAAUGGGCUAACUAGCAUAAUGGGUUUUGUUUCAUUCCUCGAAGAGGUUACUCACAAUGUGUUAGAAUACAUGAAAUAGAAUGCUGCACCAUAUACCAAACCACAAAUGUAACAUCAAAUAUAGGCUUCUCUAAAACCCCAAUUUGCUGAUCCAUUACGAUCAAGAAGGGGAGAAGGAUUUUGUAUGAACUUCUUAAAUUUGUACUGUAGGUUCUGAAAGGAUUAUAGGUCAUGACAGGAGUCUUUUAUAGCUGUAGUCUAAGGUGCUGAAGCUAAUCUCUGGGAGCAGCUUACCAUCUCUUUUCUUUUUGUUGUAAAUUUGCUCAAGAGGUACGGUUUUCUUAUGCAGAUAUCAUUCUUUACAUCCACACACAAGUGGAAUUUCUGCAGAAUUUGAUGAGAAGAAAGAAGAGGAUGACCUCUAGGAGAAACUAGCAUAUGGUGUUUUAACUUUCGUUCGAUAUGAUCAGCAUAUAUGUUCGAUAUGACCAGCAUAUAUCUGGAGGUGGUAGUUGCCGUAAAAUAUGGAUCUGGUGUGCUAAGGAGGGAAGUGUUGUAAAGUAUGUAUGGCGUUGUGGCAUAGAGGGAGGGAGAUGUAUUUGUUCUAGUUAUUAGCUCCUUCACGCAUGGAAGAGAAAAUUAACGCAGAUAAUCUGUUUAAUGCGAUUGCCAUUGUCACGAACAG